AGGUACUGAUAUUUAAGCCAAUGCGCGUGCUCUCUUUGUGAUUCCCUUUAAAGACCUUUAACUACUACCACCACCACCAUCCCCCUCCACCCAGCGUUACACAGCCCAAAAACCACCACCUCUUCGCCUCUCUCUCAAUAUCGAUUCAAGGUUUUGAAUCUCUUCAGUCGAUCGGUUGCAACUGUUCCGAUCAUUCCUUUUUCUCCGUCAGUUGUUCGUCAAUCUAUAUAUAUAUAUAUACGUGAUUCGAUCAGAUCCGAAUCGGUACUCAAAAAUCGUUCCGAAUCGAGUAAGGUUGAUGAUGGCGUCAACUCUGAUCUCGAAUCCUGUAACAAACUCAGACAGAGCACGGGAAUCGUCGAAGAGGAGAAAGAAGAAGAAAGUCCAAGCCACCAGAGAUCAAGCUCAGAAUCCAAACACCUCAACGCCGUGGAAAUCCGAAGCUCAACAACAAGUAUACUCUUCCAAGCUCCUUCACGCUCUUCGUCAAGUACGCCUGAGGUCUUCUUCUCCGGCAGCUCCACGACGUGGCCGAGCCGUGCGUGAAGCCGCCGACAGAGUUUUAGCAGUGACUGCCAAGGGAAAGACCAGGUGGAGCCGCGCCAUACUCACGAACCGGCUGAAGCUCAAGUUCAUGAAGAACAAGAGGCAGAGAGUGAAAGUCACCGGAAGUAACCGGUCGAAGAAGCCGAGAGUGAGUAUUUUGCGGUUGAAAUCGAAGAACUUACCGGCUAUGCAGAGGAAGGUUCGCGUUCUCGGCCGGUUAGUUCCCGGUUGUCGGAAAGAACCGUUGCCGGUGAUUCUAGAAGAAGCAACCGAUUACAUCGCUGCUCUUGAGAUGCAGAUUAAAGCCAUGAGUGCCCUCGCCGAGCUUCUGUCUGGCGCCGGCUCUAGCGCCGGGCCUCAAAGUCAGCUCAGCUCAACUCGGCCUCCGCCGAGUUGAUUACAUUGUUCUUAUUUUCGAUUUUUCUUUUUAUUUGUUUUCUGCUUAAUUAUUAACCCCUCUCUCUCUCUCUCUCUCCCUCAAGUAAUUUCUCUGUUAAAUACAAUCCUUUUCAUCUUUCUUUUCUUUUUUUACCAAAUGGUUAUUUCAUCACCAUUCAAAAUAAUGUAGAUAAGAUGCAAUGAAUCAUGUCCCAAUCUUCUCCA